AUGCCCUCCCCCAUGAUGACCGAGGACUUCGAGUCUCUCCCACCCGCCGUCAGACGCAAGUUCUUCUCGAAUGUCGAGCGCUUGCGGAUCCGGCUAGACCAAAGCGAUCACGGUUCCCCUGCCUGCUGCCAGCCUCAUGGCCGCGCCUAUCGCCUCGCCCACUCUCGGGGGCCUGGCCCCCUCCAUCCGCGAGUGCCCGCCCGGCGAGCCCUGAAACAAUCUUCUUCCUUCUCCCGUCACCCCAGGAAGCUGCGAAAACCGGGUUCCCAUCAAUUGGCCCACCUGGCCACUCAGGCAGACUCGCAAUGCUUCCGCGCUCUGCCCGCUAAAUUGCAACAACAAUUGUUCUCCCCUGAAGAGCGCCGGAGGCUGCGUCGUGCCUACCGGGAGAGCGUCAUCCUUGACGCCGCCGACCAGGCCUUUUACCGUCGCGACCAAAAUCACCGCCGUCGGUCCAUUGACAGUCUCCCCUCGGAGUCGACAUUGCCCGUUUCGAAUCACUCUGCCGUCUUCUGGGAUUCGUCGGACGACGAGUCGGACAACGAGUCGACCGAAAAUAUGGACAACUCAUUCUACGACAGCUGCCGCUGGCUGGACGAGGAUGGAGAUCUCGAUCUGUCCUUGGAUGAGUACCAUUCCCAUGUCGCUAGUUCGGCCGUGAAGCCGGGCAGUCGCCGGCGACCUUCCUUCCGCCGCUCCAUGUCCUUCACCAGCUCUUUUAUGCGCAAACCGGCGCUGUCCAUGUCUCGCCCCCUGCCGGAUUCCAGUCACUCUGCCCAACCUCUCUCCAUGCUGAACAACCGGCACUCCAUGUCUCGGCCGGGCUCUCGUCAAGCAUCUCGCCAUCGAUCAGUCCAGCACAUCCCCAAGUCGUCCACCUCGAGUAUCGAUCCCGCGGCGCAGUAUUAUCAGGAUCCGGACGCUCGGCUGAAGUUGCGCGUUUAUCUAGCAUCUCCGCAAAAGUUUGAUGAAGCCAUAGAGUUUGGAUUUCCCGCUGUGGACCAGAAGGACGACUCCAACAACAAUAAAGAGAAUGUGGCCCCAGAGCCCAGUGUCGAGAAGGUCGCUCGACCCUCCCGUGACUAUGGCACGUUCUUCGAAGACGACGAUGGAUCUGUCGUGGGGAGCCCCGGCGAGCCGGUGGAAGAAGAACCUGCGCCGCCGCAGCAGAUGCAGGAAACACCCACAUCCCAUCCGCAACAGAUGGCACCCACUCCGCCGCAAUCCGUACAGAAAUGCCAGUCAUGGCUUCCGGGAUCAAAACCAGCGCUGCGGCCGCAGCGACUCCCUGGCAACCGUGAGAUGACCCUGAAAAUGACGCUGACGCGACCCGAUCUGCGCACCGAGUCGCCCACUCCGUCAGCAUCUUCCACGGAAGAUCCCCUGCGGCUGGCAGAGCUACCACCCGCGGACCGCAGUGUGUCAAUCUGGGAGGACCUGGAUGACCACGUUGUGAAGAAGAUGUGGAAGAAGCUGCGUAAAAGAAUACCCUGA